AUGACGACUUCCAAACAUUCCUCCAAGACCACUCUGCUCAUGAUGCUGGGUCACUUGGCAGUUCUGCUGUGUUUCCAGAAUAAUAUUAAUGACAACAACAACAACCUGGCGAUGAUGAUGGCCAAUGCCAUCGCUCCCCCAAAAUUUGGAGCCAUCACCACGAUGCAAUCCCGUCGUCCUGACUUUGCUGCUGUACCACAAGUCCUGAGUUUGGGCGACAGUACUACUCAAAACUUAUUGACGACACGGGGAGGUGAUACUCUGGUGAUUCGCAGGCGUCGUUACAGGGCGGUGGAUCUCGGCGUCUUGGCCAUUUGUAUUGUGGCAUUGCCGACGGUAACCAUUCCGAUUAUUCGCCUUGGGGCGACCAUCGUCGUGGCCGCCGUGGUUGUCAAUGCCUUGACGGGUCAUGGCUUUGUGGUCAUUCGUUGA